UGUCUAUUUCACCCAACGUUGCAGCAGAAGCCGCGGCGGAAACGUCACAAUGGAAAGCCGGCAGAUACAAGUGCGAUUGGUCAGAAAUUUAAAGCGCCCUGCUUUGAUUGGUGUAAAUAACGCCGGCAAGUUUGAAAUUGCAGCGGACGGGGUGAGCGACUGAAAGAUGCAUUGGCACCAAAGAUACUAAAGCAAGAGCCUUCUGUGAUUUUUAAUUGUCACGCUGGAAGCUCACAGUCUAUGGUCGGGAGGGAGUGAAAAUACAUUUUUCUUAAUUUUCAAUGUGCGAAUACUUCAUUGGCAAGAAAAUAUCUGCUGCUUGGGAUCUGCUGGUUGCCGAGUAAAGUCAUUCCGGGACAAUCUACAUGAGAACGUGAGAGGCAAGAAUCUCGACUGAGUACAUACAGCCGUGUAAACCCACGGGCUGCAGCAUCUUCAGCUUCUACUGGGAGUAGAAUGUUCCCUGCUUCUGGUGUGGAGGUGCAGUGCAGUGUUGCAGUGGAAUACCUCAACCAGGCUGGUCAAGCCACCAAACGCAAAAAUAGCCGCAAUGCCACGGUCACACUUGGGCGCAACGAAUUUCGAGAGAUUCUGCUCCUUGUACACGAUGGGAAGCUGUCACAAAAUUUUGUCUUGCGUGAAAUCCAGCUUUUUACUCGCUUCACUCGGGAUGGGAAAAGUACCAUCAAAUUGAUUCCUGAAAAUAUUCAGAUCCUUAUUUCAAACUGCCCACCUGACAAACUGCAAAUACUUUUGAAAACACUAUCCAUUAAGUAUGCUGCAGAUAAAAAGAUCAGCAAACCAGUCAGUGACCGAACACGCCUGGUCUCCACACUUCCACGGAUCUUUGAUACAAUUAGUCCUGUGCAGGCCCAGGAUGUGGAAAGAGCGAAACUUCAGAUGCAGAGGAAUCUGCAGUCACCAACUUCUACUAAAGGAUCAAGGAAUCAAAUGGGUAACAGUCGUCCAAACAAGCAGAUCAAGCGAUCUCGGACCACCUCAUCAGAAAACUGCCUGAGUGCAGAGCUGAAACCCUCCAAAAAGCCCACGUUGUCACUGCCAAUGGGAAGGAAACUCUCCAAAGAACAGUCACAUGUUCUCGCCAUGAUCCUUAAAGGAAAGAAUGUCUUCUUCACUGGAAGUGCUGGAACUGGUAAGUCUUUCUUACUGAAGAGGAUUGUUGGAGCAUUGCCACCAAAGAAUACAUACACCACCGCCAGUACUGGAGUGGCUGCCUGUCAUAUUGGUGGAACAACCCUGCAUGCAUUUGCAGGAAUUGGAUCGGGAAAAGCUCCUCUGCAGCAAUGUGUAGAGCUGGCUCAAAGGCCUGGGAUCCUCAGCCACUGGCUAAAUUGCAGGCACCUUAUCAUCGAUGAAAUCUCCAUGAUAGAAGGAGAAUUCUUUGACAAGCUUGAAACUGUGGCCAGGAUUGUUCGAAAAUGCAAUGAGCCUUUUGGUGGAAUCCAGUUGAUAGUUUGUGGAGAUUUUCUACAGCUUCCUCCUGUGAGCAGGGCCAAAGAAAAGUAUAAGUUUUGCUUCCAGGCAAAAAGUUGGAGCAAGUGUAUGCAGGUGAACAUGGAACUAAAAGAGGUGCGAAGACAAACUGAUAAAACAUUCAUUGCAAUGCUGCAGGCAGUACGGCUUGGGAGAAUGCCCUUAAUUUUCAUCAGGUGUCCAGAAGAGGUGGCAAACCAAUUGAUCAACACUGCAUCGCGGAAGAUAGAUCGAGAUGGAAUUCUAGCUACUCGGCUUUGCACGCAUAAAGAUGAUGUGGAAUUCACUAAUGAAAAAAGGCUCCAACGAUUACCAGGGGAGAUGCUCACGUUUGAAGCUGUUGACAGCGAUCCUAUGUUGGGAGAAAUGUUAAACGCACAAUGUCCGGCAGGUCAAAAGCUGCAACUGAAGAAAGGGGCACAGGUGAUGCUGACCAAAAACCUGGAUGUACAACGAGGGAUGGUAAAUGGUGCUCGAGGUGUCGUCAUUGGCUUUGAACCUGGAAACAAACCAAUGCCCCAAGUCCGUUUUAUGUGUGGUGUAACAGAGACAAUAAAGCCAGAACGGUGGUUGGUGAAAGCCUUGGGCGGAAACUAUUUGACCAGACAGCAGCUGCCUCUGAAGCUGGCCUGGGCCAUCUCCAUUCACAAGAGCCAGGGUAUGACAUUGGACUGUGUGGAAAUUUCACUAGCACGAGUCUUUGAAAGUGGUCAGGCAUAUGUGGCUCUUUCUCGUGCACGCAGCUUGGAAGGACUCCGAGUGAUGGACUUUGACAGAAAAGUCGUCCAUGCCAAUCAUGACGUGUUGUGCUUUUACAGCAGAUUAAAAAAAGAACAGAUGCUGAUGCAGUCCUCAUUGGAUGGCUAUUUUGAAAUGGAAGAUCAAGAAAACUAAAACUACAGCAGAAUUUCCUGUGAAGAUCUCUCCUUCAUCGUUGUCGAUUUUAAUACUGAAUUACUGUAAAUUGUGUUAACUAUUUAAAAUAGAUAUUUAAAGUUAUCUUGACAUUUUUAUAUUUGUGAAUUGAUAAUGGGAUGAAACUAUGGUAUAACAAGAAAUCAAUUGUCUUGGAAUUAGAAAAUUUAAAACUUUUAAAAUUCCAAACAAUAUCCUUCUUUGGGCUCUCAAAUUAACUUUUAAUAAAUAAUUUAAUUAAAGUCUGUAUAGUAAUUAGAAAUAUCUUUUCACAUGAAAUGAUAAUCCUUUUACUGUCAAUUUUUUUGCUCUCCCUGUUGAUGGUUUGCCAGGUUAUUGUUUUAUAGUUUUAGAGUUAACUUUAUUUGCUGCUCUGUAUAUUUGACCCAUCACUUGAUUACACUGGUUUAUCCCAUUGAAUGGCAGUUCUGCUCCUUUGGAUACAAACAGCCUUUAUUACUUCCCUGCAGAUAAUGUCAUGGAGCUUGCAUUGGGAUUGGACAUCCUUUUUCAUGGCUUAAGUUAUUUAAUGGUUUCAGCAGCACUGUCAUUGAAUACUCCGACUACUUUAAAAAAAAAAAUAGUUUUCUGCAAAAAGGAAUUUCAUUCGAUUCAAGAACUCAACUACAAUAAAUGAAAUCAAAUUAAAUUAGA